AUGCCAGAGUCAGAAUUACUUCUAUCCAGUUCCUACUCUAGGAAACGUCCUGGAAUAGAACAAAGUCUCGGCUUAAACAAAAAAACAAUCGUUGAGCCCUCGACUGCUAACCCCUCUAUCCAAAUAUUUUAUUUGAAUCCCGUUUACUAUGAAUUAAUAAAUGCUCACUCCGACUCUGACAUCGGACCUUUCAUUAUCAAUGUUGCAAGAGAAGAACCAGACCAGUUUUCGCGCAAU